CCGAGCACUAGGCCGACAUCAACAUCCGCGGCUUCAUCUAGUACCCUCAGCGGUCACGCAUGCGAGAGGUGGAGCGCCUGCUCAGCGCGCCGCCGCUCGUCUCGUCCGGCUCGGGCGGUGGCGGUGGCGGCUCGGGCGGUGGCGGUGGCGGCUCCGUGCCGAGCUCUCCCACGCAAUUGGUGAGGAUCCCGUCGUCGCGGUCGCGGUACGCCGUCAACCCCAUGUCAGUGAUCGGAGAGCGGGUGGUUAUUGCCAUGGUCGGACUUCCCGCGAGGGGCAAGUCGUACACGUCGAGGGCGAUCGAGCACUACUUCACCUUCCUGGGCUGCCCGGUCAAGCUCUUCAACGCGGGGAGCCGGCGGCGCGACCAGGGUCUCGCCGGCGCCGCCUCGUCCUUCUUCGACCCUUCCAACUCGGACGCGAAGCAGCAGCGCGACCAGCUCGCGAUGGAGACGCUGGAUGACCUGCUAGCUUGGCUCGAGGCGCCACACGCGUGUGACGAGACCUGGUCGGGCUGCGCGUGCGGCAUCUUCGACGCGACAAACACGACCGUCGCGCGGCGGCGCGCCGUCAUCGAGCGGUGCGCGCGGGCGGAGCGGCUCAGCGCGAUGCCGCUCCGCCUCGUCUUUGUCGAGUCCAUCUGCAACGACGAGGAGAUUCUGCGCCACUCGUACCGUCUCAAGCUGAGCAACGGCGACUACGCGCAGCAAGACCCGGAGCGGGCGCUGGUCGACUUCCUCGCGCGCGUGCGCGAGUAUGAGAAGGUGUACGAGACCAUCGGCGAGGACGAGGCGAAGGGCUACGAGGGCGAGCUGGUCGCUUCGGGGUGCAACACCUUCCUCAUGUCGCACCUGGUCUCGCUGCUGCACGCCGUCCACCGCGACUGGAGCGCGAGCAUCCCGCUCCCUCUGAAGGCUCUCAACGAGCUGUGCUUCGGCUCGCUCGAGUCCCUUCCGGGCGGCAAGCUGCGCCACUCUUUCCCCGAAGAGUACGCGGCGCGGGCGAAGGACCCGCUGCACUAUCGCUACCCCGGCGUGGGGGGCGAAUCGUACAUGGACCUCGUGACCAACUGCCGCGAGGUGGUGCUCGCGCUCGAGCGCAUGCGGACCGACGUCGCGGUGGUCUGCGACGUGGCGGUCGCGCGGGUCCUGCUCGGCUACUUCACGGGCACGCCGAUCGAGCAGAUCCCCGAGAUCGCAAUCUCGCCCGGCCUCGGGCUGGUCGAGCUCGUGCGCGGCCACAGCGGUUUCUCCAUCGAGCACCACGACAUCUUCGACGUGGGGCGGCCGAGCUUGCUGGCCUCGUGAGCGAUUCGCGCGGGCGGGCGAGCGUGCAGCCGAACGAGCCCGGCGUGGCGGAUUCGCCAUGUCUCUUGUGUCGACCGGAGCUCUGCACGCUGACGAGGGACGCUCUAUUUUCUCUAUCAUUGGGUAGGCGAGCUUAGCUAGUGGCGGUGUUAUUAUUGCGCGAGGUUGUACAAGAAGGGGGUCUUCCGGUUCAUGUGUGAGAUUUUGCAGCGCAUGUGUGGCUCUCUUGCUCCGUCUUGCAGGUCCAGCAGUACACCCCUCCGAGCGACCGAGUUUACUCAAGUGGUAGUAGUAGCGAA